AUGAGUCUCAGGAAAUCUACUAGAGAAAUUAAAACUACGAAUAAGAAACCUACGACGGAAAAGCAAGAAAGAAAAUGGAAAGAAAAAGAAAUAGCAGCUUAUUUAAAAUGUAUUAUGGAACAUGGUCACAAAAAUCUUUCUAAGUUAGAAGAGAAAUUUCCAAAUAAAGAUAGGGAAACUAUCAAGUGCUUUUUAAGAACUGCCUUCGACUGGAGUAACAAAUUAGAACCUGGAGAUCCUUCACUGGAUGCUUGGAUUAAUCAUACGACGAUUGUUAACGAAACGACGCCUUGGAAAGAUUCAUUACAAAUAGCCAGAGUAUUAAAAUAUCUAUCUGUUGAUGGGUUACUAGAAAAUCAUCCUUUGCCCUCACAAUGUCAAGGAAUCAAUUUCUCUGAAGCUUAUAGACUCAUUUAUCAGGCACUAAUGGGUUAUCCAAUACAACCAGUAAACGAAGAAACAGCUGAAUUUGUUUUAAAUACAUUUUCAGAGUUAGUUGGAGAGGUUAGAAAAGAAACAGAUUGUAGAUCGAAUGUAAAAGAAUAUUUAAAAUCAAAAAUUUUUAAUGAUUCAAAUAGUGAAAUAAAUAAAAUACUAAAUAAUUCAAAUGACGAUGAAUCGAUAACAGAAAAUAUAUAUCAAAGAAAAAAACCCAAAUUAUCGAAUACAAAUAAAGAGCCAAAACUGGAAAUUAUAGUCGAACCUAACAGUCAACAAAGUUUAAAUUGUGGAACAAAAGAUUUUUCUGUUAGAAUAAAUGAAAAUAAUGAAGGAAGCAAUGAAACAGUUAUAAAUGUUCCAGUUCCAGUUAAAAUGAUUAAUAAUAAUUGUCCUCCUAAUGAAAUACCUGCCAUUAUACCUUGCUACAAUGGUAAAACGUUAAAAAUACACGAAGAAUUGGUUUUAAACGGUUUAUGUGCUAUAUCGAUAAAACAUUUUAAUGGUAAAUGCAAAGAUGACAGAAGAGGUAGCGAAGAUUUUACAAGACGUAAAAAAAGUAAAGCAUACGAAGAUAAAGAAAAUGAUAAUCGUUCUGGAGUAUUGAAAGAAAUACACGCACCUGAAAAACCCAUGACGAACGAUGUACCUGAUUGUUUAAAAGGAAAAAUGAAAGUACGAAUUUUACGUAAUUCUUUUUGGAACGUUCACCGGCCUGAAUUAUCAAAAUUAACAUGGCCAGAAAAUUAUGUGUCAUCGGCUGUUCUUCAAGAUUUUUUUCACGAUCAUUUGAGGAUACACGGUAUGUUUUGUGAGCCUCUUCAUGAAUUUCCAAAGAGAUGUUCGAUUAUGGAUGAAGAAUUCCGAGAUUAUAGCAAGUUAAGAGAAAUCGUCCCACCGAGAAUUCUCCCCCCAGACGAAAAAGUCGUAAAUAUAACGGAAAAAGGAAGAUCCGUACAACUCAACGACGAAGAUUUAAAUCCGGAAACACAAGUUCAUAAAUCCAGAGCGGAAUUUUGCGUCACCAUAGGGGAAUACGUACGAAGGCCCCCAAUGAAAACAACGUCGCAAGUAUUGCCCAAAUGCGCCGUACAACCCGCGACGAAUCGUUUCGAAUCCCUAACGAAUCACCACGAUAAUUUUCGUUCGAAAGAAGCCAUGAUAUCGGAAGAAAAAAUAUCAGCGGUGAUUGGAAGUACAGAUUUUUACGUGAAAACGGGAUCCGGUAAUAAAAGUUCGAAAAAAUCACAUACGGGAAUAUUGAAAAGUUUUAGCUUUAACAAAGUUAACAAAAGAUUUAACAACAGGAGUUCUACGACGCCUCCUCCUUUUAACGAUCGAAUUCAAUCGAAUUGGCAAGGGAUCGAAGAAUCCAUUGAUGGAGUGACAUAA